AUGAAUAUUUCCCCAGUUGCAGGCGAGAUAAUUAAGUCUUUGAAGCGUGAACUUCUGUUUAUUAACAAGAGGUGGAACGUCCGAAUACAUCAUCAAUUCCACAUGGAAGAGAUCUUUAUGCUUAUAUUGUAUGAUGAUGGAUCGCAUCAUAUCGAUCCAGAGAAGAUAGAUGAGAUGAUAGAAGAUCAGUCCAGAAAGUUCCUUUGUACUAACGAGAAGCCUUACUUCUUCAAAAAAGAUUUCGGCAUAUUAGGCAAUGAUUUCUUUGAACAGAAUUCUUCAAAAAUAGAUUACGCGAAAGGAUAUCUAGAUACAUCGGGAAUAAAGAUACCCUUCUUGUCACCAGAAAUCAUUAUUGCAUCCGCGCUCUUUAUUUUACGUCAGAGAGACACCAUAAUAGAAAAUGUCUCUGGAGAAGCGUAUCUAAACGUCAUAAGCACAUUGGACGAAGAAGUAGAAGUUCAAGUGCCAAUCUUGCGUUUUAAACCUCUAGAUGAAUUAUUCGAUAAUCACGAAUUAAAAAUCAAAACGCAAGACGAUCAAACAGAAAUUAUGGAUAUACAGAACGCAAGAUGCAAAUAUGAGAAUAUUCCGCUGAAACUUGCCGAAUAUGAUUAUGAUGUCGUAUAUAAAGCAGUCUUCGAUCCGAAAGACGUAGAAAUGAUUUCUAGAAUAUUAGAAGAAACCGAUGAACAAGAAGAGGACGAAAAUUUUGAAUUAUAUCUUUUCGACGACAAGAAAGAUGAAGAUCAAAUGCCCGAUGAUAAUUUGUCUGACGAAAAUACAGACUCAAUAUCAUUCACACAUGAAGAAACUGUAAAAUUGCUGGUAUUCAGUGGACGAUUUAUUAAUCUAGGACAUCAUUUAAGGAUAUUCUCGUUAUGCCGAACUACCGAAGGAUCCUUAAAUUGUUACUUCGACGGAUUUAUAGCAGCGCAAGAGGCACAAAGGGAUCCUGAAUAUGCGAGUCAGUAUUACGGAAGAAGGUCGAGGUUGGCCGAAUUGAGGAAUAGUCUCGGUGAUUGAACUAGCUUCGGAGAGAAGGUGCAGCAUUUGGUGAACAUGGCGCCAGGCCGAGAUCAAGGUGGAGGGAGAAGCAAGAGAGAUGGCAAGGGUACCACAUCAUUAUUUAUUCUUUCGGAAGAUAAUUGGAUACGGUCGAAGGUACGUGAUAUCAUUGAAUGGCCGCUCUUCGAGUACGCCGUCCUGUUCACCAUCAUUGCCAAUUGCGUGGUCCUUGCUCUCGAGGAGCACCUGCCGAGAAAGGACAAGACCGUAUUUGCACAGUCGCUCGAGUCCUCGGAGAUGUACUUCCUCGCGAUCUUCUGCGUCGAGGCGAGUUUCAAAAUUAUUGCCCUCGGCCUUGUUCUCCACCGCGGCUCAUACCUGCGCAACAUCUGGAACAUGAUGGACUUUUUCGUCGUAGUGACUGGGUUGAUGACCGUGUUCGUCGAAACAAAGGUGGAAGUCGAUCUACAUAUGCUACGUUCCUUCAGGGUCCUCAGACCACUAAAGCUUUUGAAAAUUCCAAGUGAUCUUUGCUUAGAGACUAUGGGUAUCUUAAAUCAAUUGAUCAGGAUCAUCACGUCGGCAGGAUUCAACAUGGAUAUAGAUCUGCGCACGUUGCGUGCGAUACGCGUGUUGCGACCGCUCAAACUUGUCUCCGGCAUACCGAGUCUUCAGGUGGUGCUCAAGUCUAUCCUUAAGGCGAUGGCGCCGCUUCUGCAAAUCGGCUUGCUGGUACUUUUCGCCAUCGUGAUAUUCGCCAUUAUCGGCCUCGAGUUAUAUUCGGGAAUCCUGCAUAAAACGUGUUAUAAGGACACAGGUGUAGAAGAGGACAUACCGAGGCCAUGUAUCACAGGCAACAAAAAUAAUACCCCGUACGGGUCCCACACGUGCGUCGCGAACGUCUCGACGUGCAUGGGUAACUGGGUGGGACCAAACUCGGGCAUCACCAACUUCGAUAACAUCGGAUUCGCCAUGCUUACUGUCUUCCAGUGUAUCACUAUGGAGGGCUGGACUCCCAUAUUGUACUGGACAAAUGACGCUAUUGGCAGCGCGUAUAACUGGAUUUACUUUAUACCAUUGAUCAUUCUUGGAUCAUUCUUCAUGCUGAACUUAGUUCUUGGUGUCUUGAGCGGAGAGUUUGCGAAGGAGAAAGAAAAGGUGGAGAACCGGCAGUCCUUCCUGAUAUUGCGAAGACAGCAGCAGCUUGAGCGCGAACUAAAUUGUUAUCUCAAUUGGAUCUGCAAAGCAGAGGAGAUGAUACUCGCCGAAGAGAGGACCACGGAAGAAGAGAAAAAGUACAUAUUAAAAGGAAGAAGAAAAGCGGAGGAAAAAAAAAGAAAGUUGAAAAAUCUCGGCAAGAGCAAGAGCACCGAUACAGAGGAGGAAGAAGAUGAAAACGGCGAAGACCAUGGGUUCUCGAUAGCCUUCUUUAAGUCGAAGGUGAAGAAGCAGAGCACGUGCCUACAAUUCUGGCGAACUGAGAAAAGAUUCAGAUUUUGGAUACGUAAUUUUGUCAAGUCGCAACAGUUCUAUUGGUUCGUCAUCGUUCUUGUGUUCUUUAACACCGUCUGCGUAGCCAUCGUGCAUUACAAUCAGCCAAAAUGGCUCACUGAUUUCCUCUACUUCGCAGACUUUGUGUUCCUGAGUCUCUUUAUAAUGGAGAUGUUCAUAAAAGUCUACGCGCUCAGUCCUCGCACAUACUUCGAAUCGAGCUUUAAUCGCUUCGACUGCAUCAUCAUCUCAGCCUCGAUCUUCGAAAUGAUCUGGUUCAAGUUGAAGAAAACCGAUGAUUCUUUCGGCCUCUCCGUCCUACGUGCUCUUAGACUCCUGAGAAUUUUUAAGAUCACCAAAUACUGGAAGAGCCUGAGGAAUCUUAUGAUAUCGCUGCUAAGUUCGAUGCGCAGCAUCAUUUCCCUUCUCUUCUUACUCUUCCUCUUCAUCCUCAUAUUCGCACUGCUCGGUAUGCAACUAUUCGGUGGCCAAUUCAAUUUCAACGAUGGUACACCGCCUACUAACUUUAACACCUUUCCCAUCGCACUGCUCACUGUCUUCCAAAUCCUGACUGGAGAAGACUGGAACGAAGUGAUGUACAAGGGUAUCGAGUCGCAGGGCAUGGCCUAUUCGCUUUACUUCAUCGUGCUGGUGCUUUUCGGCAACUAUACUCUACUGAACGUUUUCUUGGCUAUCGCUGUUGAUAAUCUCACAAAGGCGCAAGAACUAAGUGCCAUUGAGGAGGAGCAGCAGGAGAAGGAUAAGGAGAAACAGUUGCAGGAACUCGAGAAAGAGAUUGAGUCGCUGCAAAGACCCGCGAAUGCAUCGAGAGUGGAAAUCUGCCCUCCAAGUCCAACGCAAAAUUUCAGAGACGGAAGAAUUGAAACUCAGAUGUUCGAAGAGAAGAGGCAGGAUGAAGACGACACGGGACCAAAACCAAUGCUGCCAUAUUCCUCCAUGUUUAUACUGUCCCCUACGAAUCCCAUAAGAAGAGGUGCCCAUUCGGUCGUGAACUUUCGAUAUUUUGACUUCUUCAUAAUAGUGGUGAUAUUGUUAUCAAGUAUCGCACUGGCUGCCGAGAAUCCUUUAGAGAAACAAAAUGAUAUCCUCAAAUACUUCGAUUACGCAUUUACCAGCGUCUUUACCAUCGAAAUGGUGCUGAAAAUCAUCGAUCUUGGUAUCAUACUGCAUCCGGGCUCAUACCUGCGCGAGUUCUGGAACAUUAUGGAUGCAGUCGUAGUGAUAUGUGCUAUGGUGUCAAUCGGCUUUGACAUAUACUACUUUUUUAAUGGUUCUGUCAGCCAGAAUGAUGACAAAGUCCACUCUUCUAAGUCUUCUACCAGCCAAAAUCUUUCAACCAUCAAAUCGCUACGAGUGCUGCGAGUACUCAGGCCGCUUAAGACAAUAAAGCGCGUGCCGAAGCUCAAGGCGGUGUUCGACUGCGUGGUGAACAGUCUCAAGAAUGUCAUUAACAUUCUCAUAGUGUACAUAUUAUUUCAAUUCAUAUUCGCCGUAAUUGCGGUGCAGUUGUUCAACGGUAAAUUCUACUACUGCACUGAUGAGAGCAAGUAUACGCAAGAGGAUUGCAAUGGCCAUUUCUUCGUUUUCGAGAAGAAUAAUAUACUACCGAAGUUCGAGCCACGGAAGUGGCAACCCCAGGACUUUCACUACGACAACGUAAUAAUGGCCAUGCUAACGUUGUUCGCUGUCCAGACCGGCGAAGGCUGGCCACAGAUCUUGCAAAACUCGAUGGCGGCCACGUAUAAGAACAAGGGUCCUAUCCAGAAUAGUCAUAUCGAAAUGUCCAUUUUCUACAUCGUCUAUUUCAUCGUCUUUCCAUUCUUCUUCGUCAACGUCUUCGUGGCUUUGAUUAUCAUCAUGUUCCAGGAGCAAGGAGAAGCUGAACUGCAGGACGGUGGAAUCGAUAAAAAUCAGAAAUCAUGUAUAGAAUUUACAAUAAAAGCUCGUCCAUUCGAGAGGUAUAUGCCGAAGGAGCGGAAUAGCGUUAAGUACAAAAUCUGGAGAAUAGUUAUAUCUACGCCAUUCGAACAUUUUAUCAUGAUACUCAUCGUAUUGAACGCAAUAUUGCUUAUGAUGAAGUUCUAUCAGCAAAGCGAUUCGUACGAGAACAUGCUGAAGUACAUGAACAUGUUCUUCACGGGGAUAUUCACUGUCGAGUGCGUACUGAAGAUCGCAGCAUUCGGCGUGAAGAACUUCUUCAAGGAUUUUCCUUCUUGGAAUACAUUCGAUUUUAUCACGGUGAUCGGCAGCAUCGUGGACGUCUUCAUGACCGAGUUCUUGAUCUCCAAGAUCAACUUAAACUUUCUGAGGCUCUUUCGCACCGCCAGACUGCUCAAACUAUUAAAACAGGGGUACACGAUACUCCGGACCUUCGUACAAUCCUUUAAAACUCUGCCUUACGUUUGUCUCCUCAUAGCAAUGCUGUUCUUCAUCUACGCUAUCAUCGGUAUGCAGGAAUUCGGUACCAUCAAGCCGGAUGAUAUCUCUAUUACGGAGCACAACAAUUUCCAAAGCUUCAUACAAAGUCUGAUGCUACUUUUUCGGUGUGCCACGGGCGAGGCUUGGCCAAACAUUAUGUUGUCCUGCGUAAAGGGCCGUCCCUGUCAUCCAAAAGCCGAGAAGUCCGAACAGGACGGUUGCGGUUCCAACAUUGCCUAUGCUUAUUUCGUGUCGUUCAUCUUCUUCUGCUCAUUCAUCAUGCUGAAUCUCUUCGUCGCCGUCAUCAUGGACAACUUUGAUUAUCUCACGCGGGACUCGUCGAUUCUGGGCGCACAUCAUCUCGACGAAUUUGUGCGGAUCUGGACUGAAUAUGAUCCAAAUGCCACUGGCAAGAUCCACUACACGGAGAUAUAUGAUAUGCUAAAGAAUAUAGAUCCGCCGUUGGGGUUUGGCAACAAGUGCCCAAAUCGAUUUGCAUACAAGAAGCUCAUCAGAAUGAAUAUGCCAGUGGACAGUGAUGGCAAGGCGAAUUUCACAACAACAUUGUUCGCCCUCAUUCGCGAGAAUCUCAGCAUAAAAAUGCGAUGCGCCGAUGAAAUGAAUCAAGCCAAUGAAGAACUGCGAGACACGAUCAGAAAUAUUUGGCCUUUGCAAGCGAAAAAGAUGUUGGAUCUUUUGCUACCUAGAAAUGAAGAAUUGGGUAGAAACAAGCUCACUGUGGGUAAAAUAUACGUCUGCCUUCUGAUACUCGAAAAUUGGAGAUCGACAAAGUUCAGUCAGUUAAAGCCUACCGAACAGCCAUCGGCCUUCUUCAACUGCUUGCUGAACAUGGCGGCGGUAAAUCACACCGGAAAUAAUCACGGAGCUGGAAGUAGGGCGAAUAGCCUCGAACCGAUGAUACGACUGGCUAUAGAAGCGAAGCACGAACGACAUAGAGACCACACGGAUGAGGAAGAAGGGGCCUUAGACGUUCUCGCAGCGGCCGAGCACAGACGUCAGCGUAGCAUCAGAAACAAAAAGGUGAACUAGAAGAUGUCUCACCAGUAUAUACUAGGCAGCAGCGGAGAGAGUAGCCAGGGAGGGGGUGGGUCUGGAGUUGUACUCGUAAUUAAUGGCGAGGAUCGCCCCGAGCUAGAGCCAUUGCUGGCCGAGGUGCCCUCCCAGUGGGAUGAUCAAAACAGCUACUACCACAACUGUCACCAUCACAACCAAUACUACUACGAUACCAAUGAUCAAUAUUAUUAUCAUCACCAAUAUUAUCACUAUCAUAACCGCCGACCACCCUCGUACUACCAACACUACGCACUUCGCUCCUAGAUCCGUUACCUUAAGGAGCUGCAAGACGUCGUACCGUCCGAUUCGCGUGCUGAUAGCCUCGAGAGUCUUACACAUCCUGGUGAUGUCCUUCGUCCGCAUCCCUCGGCGCUCCUCUCUAGACGUUCACGAUCACCAAGUAUAAGAAGACAAUCGCCAAUAAUGCCUAGAUCGCCAUCGCCAAGGCGACAAGGUCGAUACAACCAUCAUGGUCACGACGGACCAGGGUUUAGCGACACCGUUAGCAACGUCGUCGAGAUACAAAGGCACACUCAUCAUCCCCAUGCGUUACAAUAUAAUCAUCGGCAUAGGAUACGAGGUCCACGGAGCGCGUCAAUGAGUCCGGCCAGGUCGCCAAGUCCGGUUCACAGGAUCGAACGUGGCCAUUAUGGCACGACGAAUCUGGAGCAGCGUUCGAGGAGCCCGAGCCCGAUAGGCAGUGGUCGUCCACGUCAUCAUCGCCAUCAUUCGCAUCAACACAGCUAUCCGAUGCUGGUCGCAAGAAGAGGCCAAGGUCGCCGGCUGCCCCCAACGCCGAACAAGCCAUCGACCCUACAGCUGAAACCGAUCAAUAUCAACUUCCCCAAGCUGAAUGCCUCGCCUACUCAUGAACCGCAUGGCGUGACACCGAGUGGACUGACCCAUGUGGAACCUGUAUUCAGUCAUGUUCUACAGCAUCCACAUCCGCCGUCGCACAUGCCACCUUCCGUGCAGUCGAGUCAUCAUCCGUUAAACUUCGAGCAAGCUGUUAUGAUCGGCCGCGGUCGUCUACUACCCAACCCGAUGCCCAACAGUUACAAAUCACAUCCGCAAUCUAAGCAAAGAGCAUCUAGGUCGAGGCACUCGGACAGUGACGAGAACGAUUGGUGCUAG